UGGCACGUUUUGUAUUGGAAGUUGGCCUUUCCAGAAGAUGGUGAUUUCGCGCGAGCCCAGAAAGAAAUGUUCUAUUACACAUGCGAGGCAACAAAACUUUUGGUACUUUCCCAGAAAUACAGGGGCAUCCCUCAAGAUUGCAAGAUGAAGCACAUGGCUCCCUUCCUAAUCGGUGCAUUGGCACAAUCAGCGAAAUCCGCCCUACGUCUCAUGACCCUAAUGGAAGGCGUCCCAGAGUUCAGCUUCAGCAUCAAAUGUGAUUGUCUCCUUUAUCUCGGCAGAGUACACCGGUCUGAAAUUGAAACAGAACCUGACCUACAAGAGAUCUAUGAUGGUGAAAUCGACAAGGUUGCCGGAUUCACUGGAUGGCCGAAUCCAAUGCCAAAAAGUGCACUCCUCGCCAUGCUGAAUCAUAGCAGCUGUCAGAGACGCCAAGAAAUUAUUGAAUCGGUUCUCGCUGCGUAUGACCCGGUGCCACCGGAGUUGCUCCUCCUGAUGGUGGACUACUAUACAAAGCAAGAGAUGCCUCACGAUGCCAUUGCCAUACUUUCACGUCUAUCACCAGAUGACCUGAAAUUGCUCAGGCAAGAUGUGGAUCAUCGAUACUAUGCCCUUAUCAACAUUGACAACGUCGAGCGUAGCGACUCCGGCCUGAAUUUUAAGCUCUUGCCAAGUCUGCUUGAGAAAGGCUUGCCUCUGACCGAUGAUAUGCACUGCGCAGUUAUAGCUCGGGCUGUUAAGCUGGGGCUGCCAGAUGUUGCUUGGGAGGUGUUCCGUUUUAUGGAAGCCAAUCAGAUGGACGUUAACGCCAACGGACAUCUCGCUCUUUUGAGGGAUAGCUUUCAACGAGGGGAUCUUGAUGGGCUUAACCUCAUCAUGUCCAAAAUCCAUCAACGAAAAGACCUUGUCUCGAACCCUUUCCUCGUAUCGUACGCCAUGAACAUUGUCAGAUAUGUUUGCUAUUUCGAGCGCCAGCUUCCUGUGACAGAGUCGUUGGCACAUGUUUUGGCGGUCUACGAUAGGGCAUACGAUCGAGCUCCAUUGGUGAAGCUUGCGCUUGCUGAUCCGCUGCCUCCAAGCGAGACAAAUGCAACACUUCCACAACCAGAUGGACGACAGCUAAGCUUCGCUCUUUGGACAUACGUACUUAUUCAGCGCUCUGAUCACCAUGUCUCGCAUUUCUGGCAUCACUUCACACAACUAGUCGCUCGCGGGGAGCCGGACAUGUGUGAUGUGGCCCGGCAUGAUGUCCUUUAUAAUGGCCUGAUUGUAUACUGGGGUCGCAAAAAAGCUACUCUUUUAAAUGCGGUUGAAGUCCUGGAAGAUAUGGAACGACUAGGCCUUUGCACACCUACGGAAUUGACCUGGAUCAUGGUUAUUACUGCCUUCAUGAGACACGGUCAGGAAGCCUCAGCCGAACAGAUUCGACAAAUGAUGAUGACCAAGGGUGUCAAGACUAAUCCGAACAAUUGGAAUUUCCUCAUGAAGGAGUAUUCAGAUUCCAAUCUUAUUGCUCAUGCUAAGCAUGAUUUAGGGAAGAAGAGGACGGCUCAUGGU